CCUUAUAAAUACCGCACUGCCUUUACAAGUAGCUCCAGUCCUUCUGAGAGAGACGACCUGCAUCUUGAGUGGAGUUUGGAUACCUCUGGCUCCUGGGCAAGGCAAAUAACGAGCAAAACAUGUGGAUUAAAAACGUCGGUCUCCUGUGUGUGUUGAUUCUGGUGUCCCAGAUGCUGCUCACCAGCUGUGAAAGGCAGAAGGAGAGAAGAAAGGGGAAACAAGGCAUAGAGCACGGUGGGAAAAAACAGACUGAAUCAAACCCAGAGAGAGAAAAAGGGCGGAAACCAAAAGGAGGAAAGGCAUCUCCUAAAGGCAAAUUUAAAUCCAAAGAAAAUGCUGACUGCACCUGGGCGGUGACCGACAUGAGUGCUGCAACUGUGCACAUUGAGUGCAGGAAUGGGGACAGUGCGUUCUGGUGUGAGUUCUCAGGAGAUCCCUCUGCCUGCCCACACUAUGCAGCAAACCAGAAGUCCUACUGGAAGCAGGUCUCCCGCUCCCUGAAGAAGCAGAAGCAGAUCUGCCAAGACCCCAGGAGCAUACUAAAAUCUAAAAUAUGCAGGAAAGGCCCACGAGGCGCUCACCUCAAGAUGACGCACUCAAGCCUCCUGGCAGCAGAGGGCCCUGCCGAAGGGCACCCAGCUCACCAUGCUACAGAGGAUGCCCAGGUCCCAGCAGCUUCUGAGACUGGAAAACAGCCAGAACACAGCCCCCAAGACUGCGUGGAAGACGUAGAUUACAUCGAUCAGAAGAAGGUGGCUGAGGAAUACUGCCCAGAGAGUUUGCUGUCUUUAUGCAACUUCUUUAUCACCAUGGUGCAAGACAAAAAGUGCUGAGGAUGUGUUUGUAAAGUUCUGCAUCACAACAGUCCAAUCUCAACGAAGUUACUGCAAACUCCCAGGUUUUAUUCUCCUGUUAUAUAGUGUAUAUAGGAAAAAGAAAAAAGGACAUACAGCUGUAUAUUUAUAUAUUUUUCAGAUUUUGUUUUUACACAACAGAUGACACUUGGUACAGUUGAAGAUGUUACAGAUUUCAUUUGCACACAUGUUUCUACACAGGUGUUACCCAUUGAUGUUACGUACUCUUUGCAGAGGUAUCUAAGCAGUCCCUUUGCCCCCCUUUGAGCUGUGCUAGCCAAAGGGAUGAGUUUGGUGCUAUGCACUCCUCAGUUAUGUACUCUACAUUUGAGCUAAAAAUUACUAAGAAAAAUAAACUUCAAGAUAUAUACAAAAUAUUCUCUGUGU